AUGUCAGAUAAUCUUCCUGGGUCUCCACAGGCGCUGCCGCCUACAGCAAUGCUGCCGAAUGCAGAGGCAGAUAAUGAAUCGCUUCUAUCACUUCAAACAGCCAAAGCUGAACUAGUACAACAACGAGAUACGCUUCUAGCCAAGAAGAAUGAUCUUUCAGCAGCCAUAGACCGUUUACAAGGAACAUGGGACAGCUACCAGACGCAAAGCCGACAGUAUGAAACAAAGAAAAAGCUAGAAUACUACCUCCAUCAGAAUGACCAUGAACAGGAAAAACGGUUAGCUGGAGAGGACGAGGUGGCACUGUUCGUGUUGGAAAACAUGCACGUGUUGCCAUCGUCAGAUUGGCUGAGAAGAAUGGAUCUAGUGGGAAGAUUCUAUCCACAUAUGGAGAUCAGCCAUACUCUGCUGAGGAACAUUCAUGAUCCAGAGAAUCAGCUCAAUACAGAAAUUCAGUUUCGUCUCCUGGCUCGAGGACUACCCACUUUACGUGUACUUCUUACAGUUAGAGACGAGAAGGUGGUCAAAUUAGAGAUUUUGCAGUCAAAGAAGGCCACUCUACUUCUUCACAAAGUCAGUCCGUCAUUUGCAAGGAUUCUAGAAACAGACUACGUUCCAAACGGCAAAGUAGACCUCUUAGUCUACGGAUACCACUCCCUAGCAUCCAUACAAGAAAAACGAGUAUCAAUCCUUUCCAACCUUUUGCAUCAAUAUUCCCAAAACCUCACACGGCCUGGUGCCGAAUGGGACGCUGAUCCUUUUGAUUCCCUACAAGCUAUCCCAUACGUUGAGUUCGAUUAG